AUGAGGAAUCUAGAAAGGCAGAUUGGCCAACUGUCCAAGCAAGCAGUAGCCAAAAGAGCACCUAAUGCAUUGCCAAGUGACACCAUUCCUAAUCCCAAAGAAGAAUGCAAAUCAAUCCAAUUAAGGAGUAGAAGAACCUUGGUGAAUGACAAGGAAACCAACAAUAAGCUAGCUAAGAAUGAUGAGGCCAACAGCAAGGAAGAAGUAACACUUAAGGAGAAGGACCAAGAAAAGCUCAAGGAGAAAGAGGAAGAGCUCAAAGCUUCAAAGAAGGGAAAGCAGAUCAUGGAGGAGCAACUACAAGAACAGAGGAAGAUGGUGAAGCCUUGCACUCCUUCCCUUUCAUAUCCUCAAAGGUUCAACAAGGAGCUCAGAGAUCAACAGUUCCUAAAGUUCUUAGAAGUAUUUAAGAAGUUGGAAAUUAAUAUUCCAGUUGCAGAGGAAUUAGAGCAAAUGCCCUUAUAUGCAAAAUUCUUGAAAAAACUCAUCAACAAGAAGAGAAGCUGGCAUGAGAAGGAAACCAUCCUCUUGACACAAGAAUGCAGUGCAUUGAUUCAAGAAGGCCUCCCACCAAAGCUCAAAGACCCUGGGAGUUUUUUCUUGCCUUGUACCAUCAGUCACAUAUCCAUUGAUAAGGCACUGUGUGAUUUGGGAUCCAGUAUCAACCUGAUGCCUUUAUCUAUGAUGAGAAGGCUAUUUAUAGAAGAAGUCAAGCCUACACAGAUGUCAUUAGAGCUAGUGGAUAGAUCACUGGUAAUUCCCAAGGGUGUGGAUGAAAAUCUCUUGGUCAUUGUAGGAAAAUUCAUAUUUCAGCAGAUUUUGUAA